CACUCUGCAAUUUGCUCGAUAAUCCUAACCGACCACUUAACAACAUGGGCAAAAUGGCGAAAGCUCUAGGUCUCGGCGUGAAAGGCAACCUCAGUGUGGCGCUAGAUCGCUCGCAUUAUCUCGCAGGCGACCUAUUACACGGUAGUGUGGUGCUCAGCGUUACGGAGCCGCUCGACUUCACGUCGCUAGUGGUGCGCAUCCGAGGCAAGGAGCUCCUCACGUGGACUGAAGGUGGCGGUCAGGCUGCGGCCGUAUAUCUGCGAGAGCAUUUGCAUCUGGACGAAGAGAUCGUCCUGAGUGCCGAACAACAGUCGUGUCAACCGGGAGAGUACGUGUACCCCAUUUGCUUCCAGCUGGCUGACACGCUUCCCAACUCGUUCCACAUCUCGGGUCGCGACGCUGGUGUAAUGAGCCGCAUCGACGCGUCGCUGAUUUACUCGGCGACUGCAGUUAUGACAGUCAAAGGCAAGUUCUCUGCAGACAUGGAGGCUAAGAAAACGUUCGUGGUACAACAACCGCCUAUUGGCCAGCCAGUGUGCUCGCUGGAGAAAUCAGCGUCGGGUGAGAUCCACAUGCUGCGCCUCAUGAAGAAAGGAACGUGCUCCGUGUCGGCGCAACUGCCGAGCAACGUCCACGUAGCGGGAGACGUUUUACUGGCACAGACCAGUGUCCACAACGACACUUCGAAGGACAUGAAGAAACUGUGUAUGAUGCUGUAUGAGGACGUCACGGUGGACUUGGGUACGUCGCACCAAAAGUCGGAAGGGUCCACGUGUGUCAGUCGCCGAGACUUCCCGGGUGUCCAGGCAGGAAAAACACUCGAACAGGUGCUGGAUCUGCCUCUGGUUACCAAGACGUCGCCGUCUCGACCGGUGUCUGCUGCUAUCGAGUCGCAUUUCUUAAAGACCAGGUAUCGCCUCGUCAUCAAGUGUCAGUUCCGCCUCUGUCGCAGCGUCUCGGUGGACUUCCCAGUUGAAAUCCUCCGAAAGCUGGAGCUUGGAAGCGCUUACGCCCCCACGGCUGCUGUGCUGCCGGCGGUAGCUGCUACGACCGCUUCUCCGUCUGUGGAUGUCAUGCAAGCGGUGGCUGUUCCGCCCAGGAGAAAAUCAGCCAGCGACGGACGGAGCUCGAGGAGUUCCAGAAGUUCCAGGAACUCGGUUCGGUCGGCCACAGCCCCACUGGACUAGACAGCAAGUGUGAUUCACAGUCCGUGAACGUGGUGACGUAUUUACUUGGGGAAAGCAUAUAUAUUAGGACGAGAUGAGGUGCUGACAGAUCGCCCAAACAUCUUUUGGCGACGGGAGUGUAGUGAAAGUAGGAGCCCAACUGGCAGUAGUGUCGCUUAGGAUAAUGAAGCCGUAGAUGGCGUGGAUUUUGAACUGCAUUUUGACAA